AUGUCUAGCCCAAAGAACAUCUCACCUCUCCGAUCUUCCUCUGACAAAUCCGCUGAAUCCCAAAGAAUGGCGGCCUCUCGCAUUCAUAGCUACCUCCAAGACCUGUCUACAUCUGUUCCAUACGCAAAAAUUGUCAAAGACCCUCAAGCUAGUAUUCAUAAACAGCUCAACAGAGUGGCAGCCGCCGGAUAUAGAAUGGGUACGAUGCUGGAGGAGUUCGAUAAGGCUUUUGAUGGCAAUACCAGUGGGUUUAACAAUGAUUUUGAUCACCGGAGCAAUAAUGGCUGUUGA